ACGACUCUUCUCGGCAGUGGCGCUCCUUCAUUGUAGACCUAAGUGUCAUCGGUAGCCCAAAAUUUACCGAUUAAACUUAGGAGUCUUUUUGUUUGUUUGAUUUUUGGGAUUUUUUUUUUUUCGUAAUUUAUUUGUUCUGUUUGUUUUCUGUCAAACUCAAGGAGGCUCGUUUGCUCAAGUUCAUCAAAGUGAGAGAUAAGCGCGCGGGAAUGGUUCUAACACCUGUUUCAGCCUUCUGGACCUGUUUUAUCAUCGUCAUUUGUGCGCAGCUUUCUGUCUCUACAGACCAGAAAAACAUCACAGCUGCAUUUGGACAGAACGUCACUCUGACAUGUCGAGCUCCAAACAGCAACAUCACUGUCAUUGCUGUAGAGUGGAGCAGAGCUGACCUGGAGUCAGAAUAUGUCCUUUUGUACCGGGAUGAGCAGUUUGAUCCAGAACACCAGCAUCCAUCCUUUAAGAACCGUGUGGAUCUGCAGGACAGACAGAUGAAGGAUGGAGACGUGUCUUUGAUCCUGAAGGAUGUGACGAUUAAUGACACUGGAACAUACGAGUGUCACAUCAUCCAGAGAAGAACAAACCGCAGGAAGAGAGCUGUUUAUGAUACUGAGCCCAUCAAAAUUAUCAGCCUGAGAGUUGUUGAUCCUCCUCCAGGUCCAUCAGGAGGACUCAGAGAAGGUGGAGGGAAGAAGGAUGGAGUCAGUACAGGACGUCCUGGGCUGAUAGUGAUUCUGUCAGUUUCUGCUGUGAUUAUUGCUGCUGCUGUUUUUGUUUUGAUCUACAGAAAACAUAAACAGCAGAAUCAGGAUUCAUACCAGUAUUCUUCUGAACAGCAGCUUGUUUGAAAUGUCUCAGAGGUUUUUACUCAAAGAUUCAAAGACUUCAGUCUUCUCAUGUAAACAGGACUGGAAUUCACAUUCUGAGGUUCCUCCAAUGCAAGUCCCAAAAGAAACUAUGUACAGUCUACAUUUACAAAUAAAUAGAAUAAUAAUAAUUAUAGAAAACAAUAGAGCAGUUUGCACUGUUAUCAUAUUUUACAGAUGCUCUUUGUGUUGCCAUGGUAACACCACACUAAGUUUUGGGGGUGUUUUUGUGCAGCAGUACCUCAAUUAUAAAUAUGUUUUACAUAUUACUGUACAUAUUACUUAUUU